AUGGACAAAAAACCCUCCCCAAUCGAAUACCAUGAGCACAAACCCUUAUCUGCCAUCGAGAAAGACCAUGGCGCUGUCUACCUCCUAAACUUCCUCGACAGGGGUAACAUCGGCAACUCUAAAGUUCUGAAUGCCGAAACGAGAGACGACCUAUUACAGCAGACACACAUGACGUCCAACAACUACGCACUCACCGUCACACUUUUCUCGCUCGCAUAUACCCUGUUCGAGGUCCCGAGUAACUGGGUGAUGAAGCAUUAUGUAAGGCCGUCGAUGUGGUUAGGGUUUUUGCUAUUUUGUUGGGGGGUACUGACGAUGGGGUUUGCUGGGGUGAAGAGUUAUGCCAGUGUGGUCGUGUUGAGAUUUUUUAUUGGGGUUUUUGAGGCGGGGUUUUUUCCUGGCGACGCUUUCCUCCUCUGGUUCUGCCUCCCCGAUUAUCCAGCCCGCGCAACAUGGCUGAACUCCUCCGACAAACACUUCGCUGUGUCGCGCCUCGAGUCCCGCGGAGGUGGCUACAACCGAGCCCACGCCUCCCACGAAGAGAUCUUCCAAACUCUCUUCAGCCCGCGCAUGCUCGCCCACUACCUCGCCUACAUCGCCGAUGUCGUGCCCCAAGGCUCCUUUACCUUCUUUACCCCCACCAUCGUCACAGGCCUUGGCUACACAUCCAUUCACGCCCAACUCCUGACAGUCCCUCCCUGGGUCGUGGGAUUUUGCGUCGCUAUCACGCUGUCGUACUCCGCCGACCACUUCGACGCACGAGGCUGGCAUAUCACGACCGCGUCCCUCGUCGGCGGCAUCGGCUGGCUAACUGCAGGUCUCCUCCCUCCAGACGCAUACGGCAAGCGCUAUGGCUGCCUCUGUCUCGCAGCUGCGGGGGCAUUUCCCGCGGCCCCGGCUAUGACUAACUGGGUGACGUGCAAUACCCCCAGUUUCCUGACUAUUCCGCUAGCCAUCGCGCUGCAUAAUUCCAGCGCUGGAAUUGGCCAGAUUAUCGCGCAGUGGAUAUGGAAAGCAGGGGAGGCGAAAGAUGGGUAUCCGACAGGGAACUUUGUGUGUGCAGGGUGUAGUUUUUUUGUGGCAGUAGUGGCGGCGGGGUUGAGAAUUACGUAUGGGGUUAUGAAUAGAAGGGAGGUUAGGGAUGCGAGUGGAGAGAAGAGAGUUUGGGCGUAUUGA